AUGCUCCGGGGCAGGCACUGACCGGCUCGGGGUGCGGGUCCGAGUCUCCUCGGCUUCCCCGCCUACGCCGCGGUAAGAUGCGGGCACGCCUCCGGGGAUGAGGCGAACUGGAGGCGCUGUCUCCCUUGACCUCUCCUUGCCGUUUGACAGCUACCAUGUCCACGCAGAGACUUCGGAAUGAGGACUACCACGACUACAGCUCCACAGAUGUGAGCCCAGAGGAGAGCCCAUCCGAAGGCCUAAACAACUUCUCGUCCCAGGGCUCCUACCAGCGGUUUGGGGAAAAUAACAGCACAACAUGGUUCCAGACUUUGAUCCACCUGUUAAAAGGCAACAUUGGCACAGGACUCCUGGGGCUGCCUCUGGCAGUGAAAAAUGCUGGCAUCUUGAUGGGUCCCCUCAGCCUGCUGGUGAUAGGCCUUGUAGCUGUGCACUGCAUGGGUAUCCUGGUGAAAUGCGCUCACCACUUCUGCCGCAGACUGAACAAGCCCUUCGUGGACUAUGGGGAUACAGUGAUGUAUGGACUGGAAUCCAGCCCCAGCUCCUGGCUCCGGAACCACGCACACUGGGGAAGGCACAUUGUGGACUUCUUCCUGAUCGUCACGCAGCUGGGAUUCUGCUGUGUCUAUUUUGUCUUUCUGGCUGACAACUUUAAACAGGUGAUAGAAGCAGCCAAUGGGACCACUAACAACUGCCACAACAAUGAGACAGUGAUUCUGACGCCCACCAUGGACUCACGACUCUACAUGCUCAGCUUCCUGCCCUUCCUGGUGCUGCUGGUUUUUGUCAGGAACCUCCGAGCCCUGUCCAUUUUCUCUCUGUUGGCCAACAUCACCAUGCUGGUUAGCCUGGUUAUGCUCUACCAGUUCAUUGUCCAGAAUAUCCCAGACCCCAGCCGCCUCCCCUUGGUGGCGCCCUGGAAGACCUACCCUCUGUUCUUUGGCACAGCCAUUUUUGCAUUUGAAGGCAUUGGGAUGGUUCUGCCCCUUGAAAACAAAAUGAAGGAUCCCCAGAAAUUUCCGAUCAUCCUGUAUGUGGGAAUGGCCAUCAUCACUGCCCUCUACAUCAGUCUGGGGUGUCUGGGGUACCUGCAGUUUGGAGCUAAUAUCCAAGGGAGCAUAACCCUCAACCUGCCCAAUUGCUGGCUGUACCAGUCGGUCAAGCUGCUGUACUCCAUCGGCAUCUUCUUCACCUAUGCCCUCCAGUUCUAUGUCCCGGCUGAGAUCAUCAUCCCCUUCUUCGUGUCCCGUGUGCCCGAGCACUGGGAGCUGGUCGUAGACCUGUUCGUGCGCACCGUGCUGGUCUGCGUGACAUGCAUCUUGGCCAUCCUCAUUCCCCGCCUGGACCUGGUCAUCUCCCUGGUGGGGUCCGUGAGCAGCAGUGCCCUGGCCCUCAUCAUCCCGCCCCUCCUGGAGAUCACCACCUACUACUCGGAGGGCAUGAGCCCCCUCACCAUCGCCAAGGACGCCCUGAUCAGCAUCCUGGGCUUCGUGGGCUUUGUGGUGGGGACGUAUGAGGCCCUCUAUGAACUGAUCCAGCCAAGCAGUGCUCCCAUCUUCAUCAACUCCCCCGGUGCCUUUGUAUAGCGAUCUGGGUGCAUUCCCUGCAGCUGCCUACCCCACCCCUGUGUGUUCCCCAGCACCUGGCCCCAGAGCCUCAGGUAGGGUUCAGGCUCUGGGGAGAGGCAGGAUUGCUGUCGGGGAACCCCUCUACCUGAUACCUCGGUACCCUGGACCAGGUGGGGCUGAGGGCGGGAAGAGUGGGUAGCAGAUAUGCAGAGGUCCCUCUUAGUGGCUGUGCCAUCCCUGUUCAUUUGUACUUAAUUUAACCCAGAACUUUUCAACUUUUUUCCAUCAUGUCUCCCUUACCUGCCCCCCUUCUUCUGAUCCAUCUUACCCAAAUUAUUCCUGUUGCACAGCUCACUUUAUUUAAAAACCUUAGCAUCCCCCACCUCAUGUUUUCUCCUUUCCAGGCCCAGGCCUGGAUUAAAUGAGUAGGAACCCCCUCUCCUUAUAAGGCUGGACCUAUCUCUUUCUCAGACCUCUCCCAAAUAUUUUACCUCAGUAUCCUCCUACCUAUUCAAGUCUCCAGGAGAUGUUUAGACCUACCUAGUAGUUUAAAACCAGCCCCCAAAGCUGCAGCUUUUAAUCUUUAUUCUCUCUGGCUUGUGACCCUCGGCAACACCUUUUCUGAAUUCCUCGCGUGGGUCACAAUGUUGUAUUCUUAGUUGCUUUAGCUUCUGAAAGAUAUCAAGUGCUGCCUAAAUUGAAAAUAUAUAUAUUUUAUUUAAAAUUAGCUUUUGUUUUUAGACUCUGUCUCUAGAUCUGGGGUUAUUAUGAAUUGUUCCUUCCUCAGUAAACUUUUACUAGGCUUCUCCUGCUGAAAAGAAACUUGCUCCAGGAAAUGUGUGCUUAGGUCCUCAGCAUUCUUGGCUGAGUACCCCAAAGGUUUUAAUCAGGAUCACCUAAGUGUGUACCUCUGUGGGGAGGCAUGCACUUUACCUCCCACUGACCAGCCUGAUUUCAUAUUGAGAAGAUAUGAAGGACUCAGGAUAUGUUUGCCAGUGCACAAGGCUGAGGAGAGGAUGGCUGAGUGGGACGUGCUUCUGUCCAUGGGGGGCUUAUGAAAUGGGUCACUUUGUGCAUUCGGGCCUGUUUUCCAGCCUCAGCCCCUGAUAGGCACAGGGCACAGUAGCAUUCAGUUGCCAGCAUUUCGGGAAGACACCCACACUUUGCCGUGGGUGGGAAGAUGAGGCCAGUGUGCACAGAGAGUGUGUUCAUAGAUUUAAGAAGCAGCUGGUCUGACACUGUGUGGUGCUUGGUUGUUUACAAUCAACGAGGCCAGGGCAGCAGCAGUGCCUUGCCCCGAGCUGCCUCCACGACCUAGACUUCUAAAGGGAACCACUUGGUGGGGACUUCGGUCCCCUGUGUUCUAAACACUAAUUGUGACCCCUCCCUCCCCUGCAUGCCUCCCUGAGUGUAAGAAAUAGCCUCAGGGGUGGCUCACCUCAAGGUCAGCCUUCAGAUUUGGGAACAAACUGCAGCGAAAGCAGAGAAAGGUGCAUUGCCUUGGUUUUGGCUGCCUCUUCUCCCCUCUUGGUGUGAGAACUAUUUCAGGAGGGCAUUCACUAGCUCUCCAUCUCCUGAGCUGUGUGUGUGUGUGUGUGUGUGUGUGUGUGUGUGUGUGUGUGUGUGUUCAUGCACAUGGAAUAGGGGCAUGCUGUCCUCCUCUCCUGUCCCCAAGCUCUUCCUUCCUGAGAGAUGCAGUUCACCCUGCAAAUUAGAGAGCCGCACAACUUCAUCAGGGGUCUUGUUCUUCGGUGUUUCACCAAAGCUCGUAACCUACCACACACACACCCUAGCCCUAUCUUUUUCUUUCUCUUCUUUCCCAAAACCACAUUCUCAUUGCAGUGACUCCCAACCUACUCAUAAUUUAUUAAGUUAGAGAGAUAUGAUCAGUUGUGACUAGGUCUCCCUCAGAAGCAUGGUACUUUUCACCUACCCUUUCUGCGGUUACCAGCAGGUGCUUAUAUGACCAAGGCUCUAACUGGAGGUGGCAGUGGCCCUGCCCUGUGAAGCCUCAGGCCUAGAAGUUACCAAAGUGGGUUCAAGGAUUGUCCUCUUCUCUGUGCAAGCCCCAGGCUCCAGCUGUCUUUCCACGGCAGUCCUGAGAGUUGUUUACAGUGAGAAGGCAUGCGCCAGGAGAAGGAUCAGAUGUGUGUCCAGCUUCUGUGACUUGGGGAGCUGCUAGAGCCUGUCCUGUCCAGGUGGGUUGUAAGACUGGAUCUGAGGACUGGGCAGUACAAAACAGUGCAUUUUGCAAAAUGCCAAUUAUUGAUACAGGGUCCCUGGCCCAGAAAAUGUGGUGUGUAGGAGAGAUGGCACUAGCUUUGGGGCUUCUGGAAGCUAAUUUGGCAUGGCCCUCUCCCUGUUUGUCUUUUUCUUGUGCUCCUGCUGCUUCAGAAGACCUAGGCAGAGUGGAUCCUGUUGGUGGGCCUUUCCGGUUGUGCACUUGGUUCAAGUAAAGGGCCAGCCAGAAGACGGAAGUAAGAGGAAGCCCUUUCUCUUUUCCUGGAAGCAGCCCUCUGGGCCAGCUCAGGGAAGCUUACUCUUCUGCCCACGAGCUUCUUCAGUCAGGGAGUCCGCCCUGGUUUCUUCCCAGGGCUCUUUAGGAACCAGCUGCCUGGGUUCUCCCCGUGCCCCCGCCCUGGUGCCUGGUAGGAAGGCCCAGCACGAGCAGAAGUCUGGUCAAGGAGCAACAGAGCGAGGCGCUCUGCCGUGGGAGGCUGCAUCUGUGGGGCCACAGGCAAAACGUGCAGCUUUCUGGCCCACUACUGUCAGGCGCUGAGUCCCUCCCCCAGGCUCUCCAGUGCAGCCUCAGACUUCCAUGAGCUCUGAGGUAGCUUCUCCGAGCCCCCUCCUGUAAAUGCUGCUGUCGGGAGGUGUCCACCUCUCUGCUGGCAGUGUACCUCCCCUUACAUGCAGGUAUUUGCUGGGGAGAGCAUGAUCUGGUGUUUUCUGUUUAAUUUUCCUAGAAGUUGUCACCAUUCACACGUGUCAUUAUUUAUACUGUGCUGCUCUCUGGCUGCCAGGAGCUCUUCAGCUGCACAAACCCUGGCCAGAUGUAUGUGAAUGUGUGGCGGCUCUUAGCUCAGAACCUGCCGCUCAUGCCCUCCCUUUCUGUCACUCACCUCUCCAGCCAAAUUCAUUGGCUGGUGCUCACUACUUACUCCACCCCCAUGAAAGGUACAAUUUGCCAUUUUUUUCAUUUGUCUUAAAGCGAUGAUCCCAGGAAGGAACCUUAGGAAAUCUGUCCCUCUUCCCUGUUCUCCUAGCUUACUUUUUUCUUCUCAGAUGUCUCCCUUCCUAAAUUAUAGAAUAUCAUCUCUGUUUAACACUACAUAUUCACCUCAUGUUUUUUGGAAGUGCAAAAUCUCACUUUAUGUCUGUUUACAGCUCUCUCUAUUCACUCAUUACUCACAGCCAACGGGUCCAUAUCAGUGGGUUUUAUUUCAUAGCUGAUUAGAUGUUAAGGCGGGCCCCAGCAUCAGCCCUGAUCGGAAUGCGAAGCUACUUCCUGACAGCAGAGACACAAAGUGUCAGUGGCAUGACAUGAUUAGGGAGUCGGCUCCCAAGUCUGCCUUAGAAUUAAAUUUUCCAAAGUACAUUACAAAUCUCCAAGACCAUUAGGGGAAAAGGAGAGGGUGUGGUUUGUCUUUGAAAAUCAUGGUCAACACUUUUAGACAAUUUAAUUAGUCCUGCUGUUUGCAAUGCUAUUUGCUCUGACAGCAUCAGCUUGUGAUAUUUCUUCCCUGUUCUUUGUACCACUGGGCCAUUCUCAGGCCAGGGGAUAUAAAUGGUGCUGAUAUGUGGUUACCAGAGUGGGGAGUGGGGGAUGAAGGCAGAGGGUGCCUGUUUUAAGCCGUGUUCUUUUGUUUAAAUCAAGGUGAUGCUGGGGAAGCUGUUUUGUUUUAGUGAACAAUAAAUUAUAUAACUCUCUUGUAAACCAUGUCAAUGAGUGUGUGAAUAAGAUGAAUAUGAGAAACUACCAUCCCCAGGUCUUGGUAGCCAGACAGUACCGCAUAUGUUAUCCUGUGUAUGUGCCUACGUGGAUGUCUAUUUCUCACAUGGUAUGUGUAGAGAUGUAGACCAUGCAGGAGCUCACAGAAGAAUUUGUCUUGGGUUCUGCAAAUGGAUCAUGUGUUAAACUUUUCUUUUAUCAAUAAAUGAGUUUUAUUUUUUAUUUUUGA